AUGGAAGUCUUUGACGUCUACAGCACGGAUAAUUUCCAGGGCUUUUUGAAGGCUAAAACUGCAGCAGGUUGGGAAGUCGUGGGAACAGUCAGCAGCGCUGAGGCCACAGAAGAUGUUCCUGUCAUUAAUUGCUUGGAAUUUCAGUGGAGUAAACCCAUUAUUUUAGUAAUAGGUAAUGAAGGUGAUGGAAUGUCCCUAGAGACGCAGCGCUUGUGCCACCGGAUGCUCAUCGUGCCACCUGGAAGAGCCCUUUGCCCAGGGAUUGAAUCACUGAACGUCUCUGUUGCUACCGGUAUUCUCCUGCACUCCAUCUGCAGCCAGAGACCGAAGUGCAGUGACCGAUUUUGCUGUGCCAGGCGGUGCGAGCCGUCCGGCCUGGAGCUCCUGACCAAGGCAGCUCUUCAGGACAGGGAAGUUCAGCUCCCAGGGCCUCCUCCGAUGCUGCAAGCUGUCGGGGAGACCCUCGAGCUGGGCACCGUGCUGGAGAGCUGCUCCACCUGA